GCGUUUCGGCUCGGCUCGGCUCUCUCUGUGUCUCUCCCUCUCCCUCCACCUCGCUCGCUCGCUCGCUCGCUGUACUGUCUCCCCACGCGCUCGUGGUCGUACACCAACUCGACCAACCCGCGCGGAUUGGGCCGCGGCGACGGGGGCGGGGUGGGAGAGGCUUUGCGAGCGCGCUGCUAGGGUUAGGGUUUUUGCCCUGGAUUCGCGCGAGGCCGGCCCUGCCGACCCAUGGACGCGGGCACGGGCCCCGCGGGGGAGAUGCUCUCGCCCGGCGAGGCCGAGUGGCCACCCGAGCUGCGCCUCCCGCCGCCGCCUCCCAUGCCCGAACCCGCACCUCCCGCCCCUCACCGUCUCACUGCGUGGCUGCACGCUCCUCCUGCCUCCAGCAAGGAGCCGUCCCCGCCUCGUCACACCGAGGGGUUUGACGACUCGCACUUCCUCGGCUCGAUCAUGGAGGCCGCGGACGGGGCCGGGGCCGGGGCCGUGGCCAUGGUCCAGCAGCAGCAGGGACCAGCCGUGGAUGGGGCAGCGGCGGCGGCGCCGGUAGAGGUGAAGAGGAAGAGAGGGAGGCCGCGGAAGAACAGGGACGGGGCGGUUGCCGCGCCUGCGCCGCCCAAACCAGUGAAGAAGAAUGACGAGGAGGAGGUGGUGUGCUUUAUCUGCUUCGACGGGGGCAGCCUCGUGGUUUGCGACCGCAGGGGUUGCUCCAAGGUGUACCAUCCUGCCUGCAUCAAGCGCGACGAGUCGUUUUUCCGCUCCCGUGGCAAGUGGAAUUGUGGGUGGCACAUUUGCAGCAGCUGUGAGAAGGCAGUACAAUACAUGUGCUAUACUUGUACUUACUCCCUCUGCAAGGGAUGCGUCAAACAGGGCAAAUUCUUUGGUGUUAGAGGGAACAAGGGCUUCUGUGACACUUGCUAUGCCACUAUAUUGUUAAUAGAGUCCAAAGACGAAGAUGCUACGAAGGUGAUGGUUGAUUUUGAUGAUAAAAAUAGUUGGGAAUAUCUCUUCAAGUUAUAUUGGCUUGAUGUGAAAGGAAAACAUUUAUUAACAUUGGAAGAACUAAUUAGUGCCAAAAGCAAUUGGACUGUUCAAAGCAUUUCUGCUAGGAGAGAAAAAGAGGAGUCAUCUGGUGAGCGGUAUGAUGCACACAAUGACCAUGAUGUCAGUUCUGACAGCUCUUUGAGGAAACGGAGUCGGGGUACUUCUUUAAGGAAAAGGGGGCGGAAGCGCCAAAAUCAUAGUGUUAAUACUGCAAGGAACUGUGAAAUUUCAAUUAAAGGUUCCGAAGGCUUACCCAAGGGAGAAAGUAUGGAUUUGUCGGGUGACACGAAAUGGGCCUCACCGGAGCUGCUGGAAUUCAUUGGGUACAUUAGAAAUGGUGAUAUGUCUCAAAUUUCCCAAUUUGAUGUUCAGGUUCUGUUGCUUGAGUAUAUAAAGCAAAAUAAUCUUCGCGACCCUCGCAAAAAAAGUCAAAUUAUUUGUGAUGCAAGGCUUAGUAGUCUGUUCAGGAAACCAUGUGUUGGUCAUUUUGAGAUGUUAAAACUUUUGGAGAUCCAUUUUCAUGUGAAAGAGACUCCAGCAUUAAAUGGUGAUACCCAAGCAGCUCGUGAUCUAGAGUCCGCUCAAGUAGAUAGUGGAGGACAUACUGAGAUGGGAACUAAGUUAAGCUCUGAUAAGAGGAGGAAGACUCACAAGAAGCUUGAAAGAGAUCUACCAGCUAAUCUAGAGGAUUAUGCAGCCAUUGACAUGCAUAAUAUCAAUUUAAUAUACUUACGCCGCAGCUUGAUGGAGGAUAUCAUUGAUGAUGUUGCUGCAUUCUCUGAGAAGAUUACUGGUGCUUUUGUGAGGAUAAGAAUUCCGGGUUCUGGCCAAAAGCAAGAUAUGUAUCGCCUAGUAAAAGUUCUUGGUACACAUAAAGUUGCAGAACAAUACAGUGUUGGUAAGAAGACAACAAACCGUGCACUUGAGAUAUCAAAUUUAGAUAAGAAGGAAGUUAUCACGAUGGAUACGAUCUCAAAUCAGGAUUUCACGCAGGAUGAAUGCAAACGCUUACGCCAAAGCAUGAAGUAUGGUCUAAUUCCUCGACUUAAAGUGGUACUGCUGAUCAAGAUCCAAUUUAUGAUGAUCCGUCUGAUACCUAAGUUACCAAAUUGUUGGUUGGUAAAUGAAAAGCAGAGAUUGAGCCAUCUCCGUGACCGUGCUAGUGAAACUGGACGCCGAAAAGAACUAAGAGAGUGCGUAGAGAAGCUACAACUUCUGAACACUCCUGAAGAAAUAGCACGCAAAAUUAAUGAAGUUCCAGAAGUACAUGUUGACCCCUAUAUGGCUCCUACUUAUGAAUCUGCUGAAGAAUGGAAUGAUGAAACAACUGUUGAUUUGACCAUAAAUAGGAAUGGACCAGAUUUUCUGUUUCCUGGAAGAGAAGGGACAGAAUCAAAUGCUGUGCAGUACCUGUCACAAAAAUGUUCCAAUGCUAGUCGUCACUCUAGUUUAAAUCCUCCUACGGAGGGUGUAACACAUAUACCAGGAGCAGGAACUAUCACUAAUUUGCAGGCAGCAAAUGGAUGGAAUAUUCCUCGGCCUCGCAUUGAUUUAAACAACACAGCGGGUGAAGCUGCAUCAGUUCCGUCAUCUGGGGUUGUAUCAAGUGACACGGAGCCAGAAAAAGUAUGGCACUACAGGGACCCUUCUGGAAAUGUUCAGGGCCCGUUUACUCUUUCACAGCUAUCCAAGUGGACUACUUAUUUCCCAAGUGGCAUGAAGAUAUGGCUCACAUUUGAGAGUGAAGAGAACUCAUUGUUGCUGACUGAAGUGCUCUCAACACAGCAGAAAGAUACCAUUCAACCUACUCCAGUUAUUAACAAUAAUAAAUCUGCGUGGGCAGGCUCUGGGCAAGAUAGAAUUAACCCAAGUAUGACUGAAAACAUCACUUCCCCUAUUGAUUAUAAUGUUGUCUACUCUUCUGGAUUACCUAGCCAGUCUUCUGACCGUCCUCCUCUGAGAAGAGAAAGUCCAAACUUUAUGGGUGAAGCUUUGCCAUCAACAACAGGCUGGGAGCCUCUGACUUCUAGUGUCCAGAUUCAGCAUCAGGCUAACUAUUCAUGCACCAUUCCAUCUUUUGCUGGUUCAUAUAGAUCACCGGGAUCUCAUGGCGAUGGGGUCCCCCGAGAAAAGAUUAGGGAACACAACAAUCGCCAAGAAACCGUUGGUUUGUGUAGUUCAACCCCACCAUCAAGGAGUCACAACAGCCAGAGUACCAUGAAGCCUCAAACUGGCGUGUGUACUUCUAGUUCAAGCAAGACUGAGGAGAUCAUGAAUCUGCAGAACCCAUGCCCCCCUGAUGCAUCAAAUGCUUCAGUUAAUCAACCUUUUGAGCUCAAAAUUGAUUCAGUGUUAUCCCCUGGCACUCAAGAUCAAUAUCCCAAUCCAACUCCAAAACUUGAGAGGAAGCAGCCUGUGAUGAACAAGUCAGGGUCAACAUCAGUAGCACCUGAAGAUUCAGCUACGAAGGCAUAUGGCCACUCUUCAAUAGCUCUCGUAUCAGAAGCAUCUGGUCUGCCUUCAAGUAAAUUUGUUGGCUUGCAAUUACUCAAGGAAACACAAACAUCAUGUGUAGAAGAAAGAGAUCUAAAAGAUGGAGGCUGUGUCACUCAAACAGAGCAACUAAAAGGAGACGCCACAUCAGCUGAAGCGUGUGAUGUGCUGGAAUCUUUAACAGGACAAAACUGUGGAACUUAUAAUGUGCAUGCUGGAACGCCUUUAGAAAAUUUCGCCCCAGCUUCAGCUGAGGAAGAAAGGCCGCAGUGCUCUAGCCCUAUUGCGCUAUCUCCGUGGGGUGAACCUAGUUACUAUCAAGGUGGAGCUGUUGAUUCUGCUCUGUGGGGUGUUCAAGAUGACCCAAGCAAUGACAUGUGGUCAUUGUCUUCACCAACACCUGCUCUCCAACCUUCCUCAGAUCUUGGAGCUGAUGGAAAAUAUACUUCAUGCAUUAUAGAGGAGGCGGUAGUAGCCCGAGGAAAUAGAGCUGUUGAAAUAUCACCAACACCAGAGGAAAAGAAGACGGAAAAAAGCAACCCAAGUGCUUCCACAGAUUGUGGAGUGCCAGAGCAGGUUAAACUAAAGCCAAGUGCUGCAUUGUUGAACUCAUCUCUCAAGAGCACAGAAGCUUCAGGCGGGCAACCAUCAGGCUCAUCUUUGGAGGGGAGCACAAAAGCUUCAGACAGGCAACCAUCAGGCUCAUCUCUGGAGGGGAGUACAAAAGCUUCAGGUCGGCAACCGGUAGGCUCAUUCCUGGACGGGAACACAAAAGUUUCAGGCAGGCAAGUGCCAGGCCCAUUUCUUGAGAGAAGCACAAAGGUUUCAGGAUGGCAAUUAGGUUCAUCUCUAGAGACAGGCACUAAAGGUUCAGGCUGGGAUUCAUCUGUAGAUGGAAGCACAAAAGGUUCAGGGCGGGGUUUAUCUGUAGAUGUAAGCACAAAGGAUUCAGGUUGGGGUUCAUCUCUAGAGGGAAGCACAAAAUGUUCAGGUUGGGGUUCAUCUUUAGAGGGAAGCACAAAAGCCUCAGGCUGGUUACGAUCAAGUUCAUCUCCGGAGGGAAGAAAAACUCCAGGUCGGCAUUCGUCAGCUCGUGAGAGUUCAAAGGUGAAUUCCACGAGUGCCAGCCAAAACCGCAACUCGUCUUCCGGUCACCAAACAACAACACCAACAGCUAGAAGCUCUUCAGAAGCACAAAGGAGACAGGGAAGCACCAAUUCAAGUUCUGCCGGCUGGGGAGAGGCACCAGGGAAUAACAAGAGCUGGCAUCCAUCUCCUGGCAGUGCUAGUCGAGGCAGCCAAUCGAAUCAACACCGUGAUAGGUACUCUCAAGGCAACGACUCACGGCGGGGUAGCUAUCAGAACAACGAAUCACGGCGAGGCAGCUCGAACCACUCUAGGAGGUCUGAGCAUCGUCAAGAUCAUGGCAGCGGUGUGUCGUCAAGAUCAUCAUCAAGAGGGCAGCCUCAGCGAGGAAUAUGCAAAUACUACGAGAAUGGGCACUGCUGGAAGGGGCCAUCUUGCUAUUAUGUGCACCGUUGACCAUCGUGGUUGGAAACACAUUGUGAAGCUACCACGCCUUACCACAUUUUUGUAUAGCCUGACAAGCCACUUCGUAGUCAGCUUAGAACAGAGCUCUUGGUGUCACUCAGAUGCUAGUAAAUACUCUCUCCGUUCCUAAACAUAAAUCUUUUUAGAGUUUUCACUAGGAACUACAUACAGAAUAAAAUGAGUGAAUCUACAUUCUAAAGUAUGUCUAUAUACAUCGUAUUUAGUUCCCUAGUGAAACCUUUAAAAAGACUUGUAUUUAGGAACGGAGGGGUAUAUCCAUACGAUUGGAUAGCAUUUUAUGCUGAACAGACCACUGAUGAUGGGUAUGAAUAUAGAUUCUCUGCUUUCGGAGCCUAA